AUGGCUAACGGAUGGAAGGCAGAGAAAAUUUUUGGUGAUAUAACAUCAUAUACAUAUGAUGAUAUAAUAUGUAUGCCAGGGUAUAUUGAUUUUCCGCUAAAUGAAAUAGAUCUAUGUAACAAUUUAACUAGUACCAUAUCUUUGAGAACACCCAUAAUAUCAUCACCUAUGGAUACAGUAACAGAGCACAAAAUGUCCAUUUCGAUGGCUUUAUGUGGAGGACUAGGCAUUAUUCAUAAUAAUAUGAGUAUUGAAAAUCAAAUUGAAGAGGUGAAAAAGGUAAAAAGAUUUGAAAAUGGGUUCAUAUUUGACCCAUAUACAUUUUCUCCUGAACAUACAGUAUCUGAUGUACUUGAGACGAAGAAUAAAGUCGGUUAUAAAUCAUACCCUAUAACAGUAGAUGGAAAAGUGGGUUCUAAAUUAGUAGGAAUAAUAACAGGGGUUGAUUAUUUAUAUUUAACGGAUAAAACAAAAAAAAUUAGAGAUGUAAUGACAACAGAUCUAGUUACUGGUAGCUAUCCAAUUACUUUAUCAGAUGCCAAUAAUAUUCUUUGCGAUGAAAAGAAAAGUGUAUUACCAAUUGUUAAUAACAAUUUUGAACUUAUAGCUCUAGUGUGUAGAAAUGAUAUGCAUAAGAAUAAAAUUUUCCCACAUGCAUCUAAAAGUAAAAAUAAACAAUUAAUUGUUGGUGCUUCAAUAUCAACUAGAGAAUAUGAUUUGGAAAGAGCAAAUCAAUUAAUUAAAAAUAUGAUAGAUGUUAUUUGUAUUGACUCGUCACAAGGAAAUAGUAUAUAUCAAAUUGAUAUGAUUAAAAAUAUUAAAGCAACUUACGCAGAUUUACCAAUCAUAGGUGGAAAUGUUGUUACAUGUGAUCAAGCCAAAAAUUUAAUUGAUGCAGGUGCAGAUGUUUUACGUAUUGGAAUGGGAAGCGGAUCAAUAUGUACUACACAAGAUGUAUGUGCUGUUGGUAGAGCACAAGGUACUGCCGUUUAUCAUGUUAGUAAUUAUGCACACACAAGAAAUAUUAAAACUAUAGCUGAUGGUGGAAUUAAAAACUCAGGGAAUAUUGUCAAAGCAUUGUCUUUAGGUGCUGAUUUUGUUAUGUUAGGAAAUUUAUUAGCAGCAACAGAAGAAAGUUGUAGUGAUUAUUACUUUGAAAAUAACGUGCGUUUAAAAAUUUACAGAGGUAUGGGUAGUAUGGAUGCUAUGUACAACAAGAGCUUUAAUUCGAAAAGUAGAUAUCUAGUAGAAGAAAAUAAAAAUGAUAACAGCAAUGAACCACAUGAAGAAGUAAAAGUGUCUCAAGGAGUUUCGGCUAGCUUAGUUGACAAAGGAUCCGUUCUAAACCUAAUUCCUCAUCUUGUAAAAGCUGUUAAACAUGGUUUCCAAAGUAUGGGAAUUAGAAAUAUACCAGAACUUCAUACGAAGUUAUACGCAGGGGAUCUCAAAUUUGAUAUAAGAUCAUUUAAUACGAUAAAGGAGGGCAGAAUUAGCGAUAACCUUAUAUUCAGUAACAAAAAAUUUUCCCAAUAA